GAUGGAUACUGGCUCCAGGCUGGCCCCCAGGCAGCUGCAGCUUCCCAGGCAGCCCUUCCUGAGCCAUCUGCCCCUCAGAGGGCCACAGCCCAGGGCCGUCCCCGCUGUGGGGUGCCCAACCUGCCUCCGGGCCUGCGCCUCCAAAACCGGCAGAAGCGCUUCGUGCUGUCUGGGGGGCGCUGGGAGAAGCUCAACCUCACCUACAGAAUCAUCCGGUUCCCCUGGCAGCUGGUCAAGAAGCAGGUCCAGGAGAUGAUGGCCGAGGCCCUCCGGGUGUGGAGUGAGGUGACCCCGCUCACCUUCACUGAGGUGCGGGCAGGCCGGGCGGACAUCAUGAUCGAUUUCACCAGGUACUGGCACGGAGACAACCUGCCCUUCGACGGCCCCGGGGGCAUCCUGGCACACGCCUUCUUCCCCAAGACCCACCGCGAGGGCGACGUGCACUUCGACUACGACGAGACCUGGACCGCCGGGAACGACCUGG